AUGGGCUCUGUAGAUUCCCCCCAGCUUCCUUCGGACUUCCUUUGGGGGUUCGCAACCGCGAGCUAUCAAAUCGAAGGCGCGGUCGAUGAAGAUGGGCGCGGUCCCUCCAUCUGGGACACCUUCUGCAAGAAGCCUGGAAAGAUUGCUGGCGGAGCCAAUGGCGACGUGGCUUGCGACUCAUACCAUCGUACCCACGAAGACAUUGAUCUCUUGAAGCAGUGCGGAGCCAAGGCAUAUCGCUUCUCUAUCUCAUGGUCCCGCGUCAUUCCUCUCGGAGGCCGAAAUGACCCCAUCAAUGAGAAAGGGCUGCAUUUCUACGUCAAAUUCGUGGACGACUUGCUAGCCGCUGGGAUCGUACCUCUCGUGACUUUAUUCCACUGGGAUCUCCCCGACGAGCUAGACAAACGCUACGGUGGCUUACUGAACAAGGAGGAAUUUGUCGCCGACUAUGCCAACUACGCCCGUGUCAUUUUUGAGGCAUUGAGCCCGAAGGUGAAAUACUGGAUUACCUUCAACGAGCCGUGGUGCAGUAGUGUUCUCGGUUAUAAUGUUGGCCAAUUCGCCCCUGGCAGGACCAGUGACCGAAACAGGAACCCUGAAGGUGACGGCUCUACGGAGCCCUGGAUCGUAGGUCACAACCUUCUCGUCGCCCACGGUACGGCUGUAAAGAUUUACCGCGAAGAGUUUAAGGCUCGUGAUGGUGGUGAGAUUGGCAUCACUCUUAACGGCGACUGGGCCGAACCUUGGGACCCCGAGAACCCAGCAGACGUCGAAGCCGCCCCCCGCAAGAUCGAGUUCGCCAUCUCCUGGUUCGCUGACCCUAUCUACUUCGGCCACUAUCCAGAGAGCAUGGUUAAGCAGCUCGGCGACCGCCUCCCGCAAUGGACGCCUGAAGAAAUCGCUCUAGUAAAGGGUAGCAACGACUUCUAUGGCAUGAACCACUACUGUGCCAAUUUCAUUCGCGCCAAAACCGGUGAGCCCGACCCGACGGACGUCGCAGGCAACCUGGAGCUCCUACUCCAAAACAAAGCCGGCGAAUGGGUCGGCCCCGAGACGCAAUCGCCUUGGCUGAGACCGUCUGCUAUUGGAUUCCGCAAGCUCCUCAAGUGGCUCAGUGACCGCUACGGCCGACCGAAGAUCUAUGUCACAGAAAACGGAACCAGUCUAAAGGGCGAGAACGACUUGCCGCUCGAGGAGCUGUUGAAGGACGAUUUCCGCGUAAAGUACUUUGAGGACUACAUUCGCGCCAUGGCGGAAGCGCACACCUACGACAAUGUCAAUGUUAGGGCUUACAUGGCUUGGAGUUUGAUGGAUAACUUUGAAUGGGCCGAGGGCUACGAGACCCGCUUCGGCGUCACAUACGUUGACUACGAGAAUGACCAGAAGAGAUACCCCAAGGCAAGCGCAAAGGCUAUGCCGGAGAUCUUUGCGAAGUACAUAAAGAAGGAGUGA